AUGUGCAUUACGGAUGAUAUUUUUCAUAGUCUGGAAUAUCUUUUCAUCUUAGUUCAAAGCCUUUUUCAAUUGCAGGUCAUUGCUUCAAAAAGGUUGAAUACAUUGAAUCAAUGCAAUGAUGCUUCAGAAAUCAUCGGUUAUGAAAUAUUGAAUGAUUUUGAAGUAAAUGAAGACAAUAAAGCAAUGAACUAUUCACGUGACUUAAAUUAUGUACAUAUCCCAUAA